AUGGCCGGUCAAUCGGACUCCAUGAUGUCCCUAUUUUCUCCUGAAGAGAUUGAAUUUAUGGCAGAAGAUGAACUAGUGGAGAUUGUUCCGAAUUUGAGGAUGGAUUCUCUCAAUUUUCUUUGCGGGGAUUACGGUCCAUUUUAUCCACAAUUGGCAGCUCAAGUGCCGCUUUGGUUAGCUCUGGCUUUGAAGAAGAGGGGAAAUGCACAAUUAGGCCUCCUCAAUGGAUGUCAAUUGGUUUUGGAAGCAGAACGGGAUUUUCAUGCAUUUCAGCCUUUACCCUUUCAUUACGUGGAAAUCUCAAGACUUAUUUUCGACCAUGCACGUGAGGACAUUCCUGACAUGUAUAUGGUGAGGUCGCUUAUCGAGGAUAUCAGAGAUGUAAGAUUUCAUAAAGUGGAGACUAAUUUGGAAAAGUUUACUGCAUCUACAGUGACGGCACAGGGAGACACUGAUAACAGAGACAUUCUUGUCUACUUGUUGGCUUUAGCAAAUGUUUGGAAAAAUAUGUCUGCAAUGGAGGUCAAUAUAAUUCGUGCAUUUUCUGGGAGAGCUCUGCAGGCAUUUUAUAAGCAUGAUAAUGAACAGCAAACAUCAGAUACUGAUAGAACGCUGGAUAAACAGCCACAAAUACCUACUGACAGGCCAAAAAUAGAGAAAUGUAUUAGUGCAGUGGUAAAUGAUGGUCCAGCGGUUUCUGCAAUGCUCAUUAAGCAUACCAAUUACAAGCUAUAUGAUGGACAAGGUCGUGGUCCUCCUGGAUGCCCGACAUCCACCAACAGGGCUUAUCUUUUGAAAAGUAUACAACUUGCGUGGAAUCAGAACCUUGGACCUGGAAUGUGGAUGGGAAUAGAGAGCAUCUUGAAUAACUCCGUUAUCCGGAGUCCGGACCAACCACCCCCACCCCCACCACCCCGCGCCCGCGGCAAACAAGGCUUCCAGAGAUGCUCUCGUGUGAAGGCUGAAGACCAAGAAUUGGUGGAGAAGCGAGGACUGAGGAAUGACCGUGAUUUAUCAUCAGCAAAGCACUAUUGA